AUGUCUGGCCUGAAGCUAAUGUGGUCUGUUACAACAUGUGCAACCAUGGGGUUCUUGCUCUUCGGCUAUGACCAGGGUGUGAUGAGCAGUAUCAUUGACGCUGAUCCGUUCAACAAUGUUUUCACGGCAACGAAAGGCAACUCGACCAUGCAGGGUGUCGUCACAGCGAUCUAUGAGCUUGGCUGUCUCGCAGGUGCUUUGUUCAUUUUAGCAUGCGGUGAUUGGCUCGGCCGUCGGUGGUCCAUUAUGCUGGGUGCCACGGUUAUGAUUAUCGGGGUCAUCAUGCAGGUCACCUCGUACCCCGGUCAUGUCCCUCUUGCUCAGUUCUGUAUCGGACGAGUCGUGACAGGAAUUGGAAACGGCAUGAACACUUCCACGAUUCCGACCUACCAAGCAGAAUGCUCCCGAACAUCAAAUAGAGGUCUCCUGAUCUGCAUCGAGGGAGGAACAGUCGCAAUCGGCACCUUGAUUUCCUACUGGGUCGACUUCGGUGCUUCAUACGGACCUCCUGAUCUUACCUGGCGAUUCCCCAUUGCGUUUCAAUGUGUCUUCGGCCUGUUCAUCAUCAUUGGUCUGUGGUUUUUGCCCGAAUCUCCACGAUGGCUAUUCGCUCGUGAGCGCUACGAAGAAGGUGAGCGGGUGAUUGCCGCGCUGAUGGGCAAGGGGACUGCCCACCGCGAUGUUCAGUUGCAGAAGACCCUGAUAUUGGACUCCCUCCGAGCCUCCGGCCAAGCAAGCAAAUCAACUCCAAUGUCGGCGGUUUUCACUGGUGGCAAAACUCAGCAUUUCCGCCGCAUGCUGUUGGGUUCGUCCUCCCAAUUCUUUCAGCAGAUUGGCGGCUGCAACGCUGUCAUCUACUAUCUCCCCGUUCUGUUCGAGAAAUCUUUGAAUCAGACCGAGUUCAUGGCUAUGAUUCUCGGUGGGGUCAACAUGAUUAGCCUUUCCAUGAUCAUCACGUUUGCCUGUUUGAUCCCAGACACCGAGCAAGCAGCGAAGGGUGCGGCGGUUGGUCUAUUCACCUACAUCGCCACAUUCGGUGCCACAUGGCUUCCUCUUCCCUGGUUGUAUCCCGCGGAGAUCUCCCCAAUCAAGACCCGUGCCAAGGCCAACGCCAUCUCGACAUGUACAAACUGGCUCUUCAACUUCUUGAUCGUCAUGGUUACCCCGAUCAUGAUCCGAGACAUCGGCUGGGGCACGUACUUGUUCUUCGGUGUGAUCAACGCCUGCUUCAUUCCAGUGAUUUACUUCUUCUAUCCCGAGACGGCGGGCCGCUCAUUGGAAGAAAUCGACUUAAUCUUCGCCAAGGGAUACCUGGAGAACAUGAGCUACGUGCGCGCCGCAAAGGAAUUGCCGCGCUUGUCGGACGAAGAGAUCGAAAGAGUGGCCUUUCAAUACGGGUUCGGUUCGGUCGAGCAGGAAGCAAGAAACACUGCGGGGGAUAGCGAGAGUACUGACUCCAGCGUGGUAAGGACUGGCAAUGUUGAGAAAAAUUGA